AUGUCAUCUUCUCGCCAAGUAAUAGCCGUUGCAAUGUCCGGUGGAGUCGAUUCAACUAUUGCAGCAUAUUUAUUGCGAAAACAAGGUCAUGAGGUUGUCGGAAUAUUUAUGAAGAAUUGGGAUAUCACAGAAGAAACUGGCAUUUGCAAGACAGAUGAAGAUAUGCAAGAUUUUAUCAAAUCUUGUAAUCAUCUUGGUAUACCUCAUAAAGAAGUAAACUUUGUACAGGAUUACUGGCAUCAUGUUUUCAGCCCUUUUGUGAACGGCUACAAACAAGGCAUCACGCCAAAUCCAGACAUUACUUGCAAUAGAAUGAUCAAAUUUAAUAAAUUACGUCAAUAUUGUAGCGAAAAUUUGGGUGUAGACAAUUUAGCAACUGGACAUUAUGCUCAAUUAGUUACAGAUUCCAAACCAAAACUUAUUCAGGCAGUAGAUGAAGCUAAAGACCAAACAUAUUUCUUAGCGAACGUUAAAAAGAUCUCAUUAAAGAAUAUUAUGUUUCCAAUUGGAAAUCUUUUGAAAUCGGAGGUCAAAAACUUAGCUUUAAAAAUUGGGCUCCGAAAAAUUGCAACAAAAAAGGAGAGUAUGGGAGUAUGCUUUAUUGGUAAAAGAAAUUUUAAAACAUUCAUUAGCGAGUACAUCGAGAAUCAGGAAUAUGACGUGAAUACUAUAGAUGGUCAAAAUUUUGGAAAACAUUCAAACUUAUCCCUAUCAACAAUUGGUGAAAGAGCAAGAAUUGGUGGGAUGUCUGAAAGAUGGUACGUGGUUUCUAAAGAUUCAAAUAGGAAGGUUAUAACGCUCGCGCCAGGAAUAAACCAUCCAGCUCUAUAUUGUCGUAUCUUUUAUGUGGCAGAUGCCAACUGGAUCUCGUACUGUGCUGAAAUGCAAUUAUCAUUGAGGAAAGAACUAGAAUGCCAUAUCAGAAUUCGUCACUUAGCACCCCUCGUUCCUUGCCUAAUUAAAUUACAAUACAAUGGCUUUUUGGAAGUAAAUUCUCAACAAUCACUAUUUGCUGUCACUCCCGGCCAAUUUGCCGCAUUCUAUUCACGAAACGAAUGCCUUGGUGGAGGACAAAUAGUGUCGUCUCAUACAAUGGUAAGCAAAAUCUAA